CAGAUUUGUGAACUUGCUGCUGGUAAGGCGAUAUUCAACCUUAAAAGGCGCUGGACUGUACAAAUUUCAGGGAUCGUGUUCCGGAAAUUUGACUGGCAAAAAUGGUGACCGACCGAAACGAUCUCAACAAGGGGAUGAGAUGUAUCAAGUACAUUAUAUUUGUCAUCAAUUUCCUGUUCCUGCUCACUGCGAUCCUCAUCGUCACCGUGGGAACUGCCAUCGGAACGAUAUUCGGUGAUUUUGAGUAUUUCAUCGAUGCGCACUUCUUCUCGCCGGCUCACCUGUUGGUUGCAAUCGGAUUCAUCAUGAUGUUCGUGUCGAUCUUUGGCUGCAUCGGAGCCGUUAAGGAGAGCACCGCAAUGAUCAACAUUUACGGUGUUCUGCUGGCAAUCGUUUUCAUUCUGGAAGUGGCGACUGCCAUUUCAGCGUUCGCACUGCGAGGACAAGUCGAGGAAAUGGUACGUCGAACUAUCAACGAAUCUAUGGCCAGCUACAACGGCAAUCCGAACGUGGCUCAGUCCGUUGAUUUCAUGCAACAAGUGCUGGAAUGCUGUGGCGUGGAAGGCUACCAGGAUUGGAAGUUUUUCCUACCAAAUGCAACGGAAAGCAUUGAACUGCCGAAAUCAUGCUGUCAACGAUCGACACUGGAUGAAUCGUGCAUUCCCUUCGAGUACGGUUGCUAUUCUCGUUUGCAGUGGGUCGUGUCCGAAAGUGCUGCCCUGAUUGCUACCGGAGCCACUACCGUUGCUUUCGUUCAAAUCAUGGGAAGCAUCUGUGCCUUCAUGCUGGCUCGCACGAUUCGACGAACCAAGUCAUUGAGGGAAGCACGCCGCUGGCAGCUGCAGCAGAGCCUCGGAAUCAUGACCAAGCCACACGAUCCGUCCUACACGCAAAUGGAGAAGUCGGAGAAGAAUGCGGACUCGGAGAUGUAUCUGCCCAAUAGUCCGAGCGUUAACUAGUAGGACGAAUAAGGAAGGCAGGAACCUGGUGGGUCGAGCCGAAAUUCACUUAGGAGAAUAGAAUGAGAUAAAUCUAUGUGUGAUGGUGCCAAUUAUUCGAUUAAUGUAUUUAUGUAUCAAACUGAUUUG